AUGUCUGCUCGAGCAGGAGGUUACGGUCAGAGUAGUGUAGCUAGUAGUUCAACCGUAAGUUCGCCAACGAAACGCCCUCGUAAAAGUGGAAGUAAACGUAAGGUCUCGCGGCGGCGUACUCAG